AUGAAGCUGUCGCCCAAAGCUACACGGUGGAGAUGUGCCACGUCCCUUGUCCCCCUGGACUGUAAACUCAGUGCCUGGUCCGCAUGGUCGGCCUGCAGUGCAUCCUGUGGCAGUGGGCUGAAAGUCAGAUCCAAGUGGCUGAGGGAGAAGGCGUUUAACGGGGGGCGGCCGUGCCCAAAGCUUGACCUGAAAAACCAGGUAAACGAAGCCGUGCCAUGCCACAGUGAAUGCAGCCAGUACGCGUGGAGAAUCGAGCCCUGGUCCAUUUGUACCAUCAACACGGUGGGCAACUCGCCAUCCUGUGGGGAGGGUGUCCAAAGCCGCAAGAUCAGGUGUGUGAAGAAGGGAACGAGCGGCGAGGUCAACACGGUGGAGGACAGUCUAUGUGAUCAGGAAGAAAUGCCACCCAGAGCUCAGGUCUGCUUCCUGGCCUGCCACCACGACUGUGUUGUAUCACCCUGGGGACCUUGGAGCCACUGCCCGUUGCAAUGCGACCAAGGCUCGGAGAGAAACCGGAGCCGACAUUUACUCCGGCCCCCCGCCGCGGAGGGCGCCACCUGUCCGGAGAUGGUGCAGUCGGAGACCUGCAUACUGAACAGCACCUGCUUCACUUACCUGUACCAGGUCUCAGAAUGGAGCACAUGUCGGCUGAGUGAAAAUGCCGUCUGUGGUCAGGGUUCCAGGCAGCGACUUCUCGAUUGUGUCCGCAGCGAUGGGAAGAUGGUGGCGUCGCAAGCGUGUGAGCAGUUUGGCCUGCUCACCGGGUGGAAGUUGGUGGAGAGCUGCGUGAUCGAUUGUCCUUUCAGCUGUGUACUCUCUGAUUGGUCGCCAUGGGGACAGUGCUCACACACCUGUGGGAGCCAAGGGAAGUCAGUGCGCACUCGGAGAAUCCUGCAGGAGGCGCACGAGGAAGGACGUCCGUGUCCCAACCAGCUGGUCCAGACGAAGACAUGUCCCAUCAGGCCUUGCUACACCUGGCUGAUCAGCGACUGGUCCCCUUGCACCAUAGAGGGUGCGGACUGUGGCGAGGGCCUCCGCAGAAGAAACUUAUCGUGUGUCACCCACCAGGGGGACGGGGCCACGUCACCUCCCGUGCCGGUGGCCGAGGAGUUUUGCGGCGACAAACUGGGGAAGACAAUCCAACAGGAGACGGAGCAGCCGUGCUUUAUUCCCUGUCAAGGAGACUGCCAUUUGGCGGAGUGGUCAUCCUGGAGCGCGUGUCAGCUGACUUGCGUGGAGGGACGCAGCUUCGAAACCACAGGACGUCAGUCCCGCUCCAGAGCUGUGAUCGUUCAAGUUGUGGAGAACCAGGACGCCUGCCCGAGACAAGUGUUCCAAACGCAACCUUGUAAAGGAGGCCAAUGCCACAGUUACCAGUGGAGGACGGGAGGAUGGAGCAAUAACGAGAGAGCGGUGUGGUGUCAGCGCUCAGACGGACUCAUUGUCACAGGGGGGUGUUUCCCGCAGAAAAGGCCGAGCGUGAUCCAGCACUGCCAUCCGCCGUGCACCAAACCCUUCUCUCGCUGCGCCUCGAGUGGAGUGUGUGGCUGUGAGAAGGGUUACACCGAAGUGAUGACCACGCACGGCUUCCUGGACUACUGCACCAGAACACCGGGCGUGGACACCAGCAAGAAAGCUGACGUGAAAACCAACUCUGGAAGAUCAAAACCAUCCCAGGCCCGAGACCGGCACACAGAGUGGACCCUAAGACCUGUUGGCCCAGAUGGAAGAGUAAAGCUGUGGGUUUACGCCGUCACCGCCGUGGGAUUCAUCUUAAUACUCUUGGUUAUUGCAUCCUCCUUCCUGGUCUGCAAGCCCGCCCAGCCCACAAAGACCUCUCCUCCGCCACAGAAGCCUUUGACCCUGGCGUACGACGGCGACAUCGAUAUGUAACCUCGGACGCUACCCGGUGGCGAAAGGACACGAUUUGCGAAAAAGAAGUUAAGGGUUUUUUUUUUUUUUUGGUUUGUUUAUUUUUCAAAUGUCAUGUGUGUUGACAACGAGAUGGACUGAACCUGGAAGAAAAAGGCUGAACAUUGAACAUUUCCUUGUCGUUAUUGUCGGGUAUUUGUAAGAAAAAAAGAAAAGAAAGAGGAAAAAUCGCAACUUUUUUGUGUACAUUUUCCCCCGAGAAUAAACAACAUGCUCUAUGCACUACGUUAGUGCUGAUCAAACUAUUCCUUUUCCUUUGAAAUGAAUUUUUUAUAGUGACUGAAAUGUUGAUGCAAGUUGUGGAUGCUGUUGUGUUGAUGCUGUUGUGUCCAUGUGGGAACUCAAUGCAGGCUGAACUUUCUUUCCA